UUGAUAUGGCGACUGAAUCGAUCUCGUAUUGGAGCGGCUUUAUAUUUCAGAUUUGUUUUGUUUUGUCGCAUUACCCACACAAAAGCGGGCGGUUUGCUUACAGCUAAUUACCGCCGUACUCCAUUCAAAGCAAUUGAGCGGAUAAUUUCGGAAGAAAAAGAGUCAUUGUUUUACGCAGUGACCUUUUGAAAUCCGGCGAUGACUCCAUCUCGAGGGUAUAAUUUCUUUCUCUCUGGAUCAAGUAUUGUAUCAUGUGUUCGUCUGCAACAAUCACUUUUGCUCACUUAAACCCGAGAGCUUGUUUAUGGCGAAUAUUAAGGUAUUUGCACGUUUGAAGCCGUGUCAGAAUAUAAAUCAGGAACUCAUCAGCUUUGAAGAUGAAGCGAUUUGUAUUCAGUCCCGUCGACGCGAAGUUGCUUCGCACUCCAUUAGUUCUGGGUCCUCUAAUCUACCGGAAUCGAUCCGAUUUCGGUUUACACAAGUUUUCGGAACGGAAUCGUCUCAGCGAUAUGUAUUCGACGUGGCCGCAAAGGAUAUAGUCAAAGGAUUUAUGGAAGGGUACAAUGGAACAAUAUUUGCUUACGGACAGACAGGAGCUGGGAAAACUUACACCAUUCAAGGGGGAAGCGAUAGUGUCACCUCAUUUAACAAUCAUGGAAUUAUUUCCCAAAGUCUGUCCAUGAUUUUUGAAUACAUCGCUCAAGUUGAAAACGAAAUGAUAAGCAUUCAUGUUUCGUUCAUGGAAAUCUACAAAGAAGUGGCAUUUGAUUUGCUGGGUUCUAUCCCGAACAAGGAUGCAGGGAAAACCAAUCAGGUUUUGGUUAGAAUGGCAGGGAAUGGUGUCUGCCAUCUUCAUGGAAUUUCUCACCAUCCUGCACAAACAUUAGAGGAGGCAGCAAGGUUUUACCAGCUGGGUAUGGCAAACCGCAAAACUGCCAAAACGUCUGACAAUAAAAGAUCAUCCAGAUCACACAUGGUGUUUAGCAUUAAAAUGCUCCGUCAACAGCCUGGUGAAGAGAUAUUUUUGAGGUCAAAGUUGAUCUUGGUGGACCUUGCUGGAUCAGAGCAAGUUUGGAAAACAGGAGUAGAUAGGAACCAAAUAAGUGAUUCAAAGUACAUCAAUCCUUCUCUGCAUCACUUGGAAACUGUAAUUAUUGCUCUUCAGAAGUUUAACAUGAGAUGUACAAGGAAGAAACAAACUGGAAAAUGUUUAAGCCGCAGCUCCAGCACUAUCAUGCAGCAAACAAGAGGUGCAGAACUGAUUCCUAAGCCAGCACUGAGUGCUAAACUGAAGAGUGCCAGUGCAUUUGAGUUAGGAAAAGAAAGUGUGUUGUCCCAUGUCACUGAUCACGACCAAACCCAUGUACCUUACAGGAAUUCCCUUCUGACCACGUUAUUACAAGACAGUUUAGGAGGAAACUGUAACACAGCCAUGAUUGCAGCAUUGUCGCUUGAGGAGGAGAAUUUACCAGAGACCAUCGCCACGUGCAGGGUGGCUCAAAGGGUUGCAAGGAUUCUCAACAAGCCAGUACGAAAUGAGGAGAUUGACAAAAAUAUGGUUAUAAGACGGCUUCAAACAACAUUGGCACAACUCCACUUAGAACUAGCAAAUUACAAGAAGCAGAACAAGUUCCUGUCUUUGCCGUUGGAUCAUCAAAACUGCCUAAGCGUCGAAGAAGAAUGUGUAGAGGUGAUGCAAGCUUUCCUUGCUGGUGGAAUAAGAGAUCCAGUGUCACAUGGUAUAGAUACACCCACGAAGUUCCGCACCUCACUGCGAUACUUGCGACAGGUGUUAGGUGAAGUGAGAAUGCAAAGCUUAGAUGACAAGGACAGCGGUGUACGCACGAGGAGCGAGCCUGCAACACCGCUGACCAGUGAAGGGGAAAAUGACAAGCACUUCGUAUCCAGUUUCAUCAAUAAGUUGCCUUUUCCUAUUGGCGAUCUGUCUCAACACAGAUCAAGUAUUACCACGCAGGAAAGCGGCAUUUCUUUCACCACCGAACGCGAGGGACCAACGACAAAUGGAAAGGAAUCUUCUAUUCCAGACCAACCUGACAGAAAACCUCGGCAGCCUAAGCCUGAUAUUAGUCAGCCUUGUACUCAGACCGGUCUGCACAAAACUCGCCAGAGACGAAAACUCCACCAAAAGGACGGUACUGAUCAGGUAGUUGAACACAAGAAUGUAACGGUCGCUGAGCUCGAACUGGAGAAGGAGACGCUUUGGGACAAAAGCAAAACAUUUACCUCCCGGUUGGUGGAUCAACGCGCCCGUCUCGUUAUGAUGUCGAGACAGGGCAAUCCUCCGGAAGAAUUAGAAAACGAGAAAAUCGUGGAGUUUCAAUUGGAGAGAAAGAAGCGUGAGGUGGAGAGUAAGCUGUCUUUAGUGAUCAAGAAACUGGCCGAUUUGAAAUACACUGAACAGCUAAGACAGCAGUCCCAGACCAAACAGUGCCACCAAUUACCAGCUAAUACUGUCGAUGAAUUAAAACUCAAAGAGCAGUCUGCUCGUCAAAAGUUGUUAUCGCGAAGAAAGCAGAUGAAAAGCUUUGUUUUCCCAUCGUCCACACAGUCACACCAGCGAGCGCCUUCCACUGCAAGCUUCUGUUCUGGAAUCGUUGACGAUUCUAGCUCGUCGAGGCCGUCAUCAACGACGUUACAGAGGCCGGAAUGUGUCGGGGGAUACCCUUGCCAUAUUACAUCGAGUUCUUCCAUCUCGUCUUCUCCUACUUCACAUUGUAGAGUUCUCCGUGGCAAAUCCUCCUCAUCGAGUAGAGCGACGAGUUGUUGCUCACGUCAUACAUGGCGAAUGCCCUCGUGUUCACAAAGUUCUUUUUCCAAAGGAGGAGAUUCUAGCAAGAGAAAACUGCCUAGUAGAGAUGUGAAGUGCGGAACAUUGGAAAAUGCGAGCAAAGCUUGCUCGCUUGUCCAGUACAUGACUAACUCUCACCGUGCUUUGUACCACAAGUCGUCGUUUCCACGUCGUUUAGACUCUGACGGUUUUUGUAACCUGCGUGGAACAAAACGUUUCCAGAAGACAGAGUCAAAAAAGCGAUUAUCACCGGUAAAUAAUGAACCUAACUCAUCGAGGAGCCCUUCGAGUGUCCCUUUACAAUUGGACGGACAGGUUGCAAACCUCAGCGAGAUGAAUCGGAUCAUUACAAUCCCUCCAGACAAAAUAGUUCCCGAAAGAGUGUCAGUCGCAUUCGAUCAUACUGACCACAACGACGAAAAAGAUAAACUUGUAAGUUUGGGAAAUUUUCAAGAAAUGGGACCGGGCGAAACGUCAGCCAGCAAGCCUAGAGAAGCAACAAAUCUCCCCUCUUUAAUUUUCCUCAAAAGAAAGCAGCGGGAUCGAGUCAUGAAAAUUCGUGAAUUUGUCAACGCGGCAGAGGUAAUACAAAGAACCUGGCGUACGCACAAGAGAAAAAAGAAAGAGGAGAGAUCCUAAAUCAUAGGGAAAAAAUACUGUAACACUUCCAGUCUUAAGUUAUUCAAAGAAGUUUAAAAUUGAACUAGUGUCGAGCAGUGAGACAAAAAGAGUGAAGGAAGUGAAAGAAAAAUAGAAUAAUUUGAGACCUAAGGCGAGAAUUGGCCUGUGUAAGCAAAAAAAGAAUCACGUAACCAUUUCUGGAUUAGAAAGAAGUUCUUUGGAUCUUCUUGCAACACUGUACUCAAUUGCGAUAGCCAUUUACAAACCUCUUAUGAAUUGCAUUUAAACAUCGGUAACGAACGUUGCUGCGAGAAAAUGAAGUUCUUGUCCUUGCAUCUGAUACAAAUCCAAGUUGCUUUGUAUUCAGCUGGCUUCAGAAAUGCUCGGCAUUAGUUAUGAUGUCGAUAUAAUAUCGAACUUUGUCUGUUUCCGGACAAACCCAAACGCUAUGAACCUUCCAUGUAUUUAUACGAAGAUGUCGCGGGGACAACUCGUUUGUAUUUUAAUGAAACCUAUGGGUUCA